UCGAGAAGAGCACUUUGAGAAUAACACCUUUUGCUACAGUGGGUGAUGCCAAUUGGUCCUUCACAGGAUAAGACGAAUAGAAAAGGCCGACUGGCUGAGUCUGCAUACAUGAAUGGUCUUAUUGUGAUUUAUAUUCAUUGAAAUGCUUUCUGCAGCUCUUUAUAUAGAAGGCCGUCGGACCAAUGGAAUAGCCGAUAGCCGCCGCCCCCUCCAUUUCAAUGCAGUCUGGUUGAGGAAGUAUAUAUGAAAUAAGAUCAGCCAUGUGGCUAUUCAUAUGUCCGACGUCGAUAAGCUGGAACAAAUCAUUCUCUCGAUCUGCAUGAUAUUUUUCUAAAUUCGUAUCACAUAUAAUACAUUGAUCUUUUGUAUUCACUAUGCUGCAUGUAUGGACAGGGACAGAUUGCCUUCAGUGUUGGAUAUCUAGAAUCAUGGCUACUGUAAUAUGGAAAAGGGUGUGGUUCCAGUGAGCUAAAAAUUGACUUAAAAAAGGAAAUGACUGAAUGUUCCCUAAUGCCAUAUUGAGUUGAUGAAGAAUAUUACAUGUAUUCACAAGCAGAGUGCUUCAAAAAGGAACAUGAAUAUUGAGGACUAAUAUGGCACUUCCCCCUAUUGACUUGAAUCGAAAGAAGGAAGUGGCAAAGUGAGUCUACCAUUUGUCACACAAAAUGUGCCUCCCUUUCGAAAGAGGAAGAAGAGUUUAAAUGCCUGUUUGCGAGUGCAUUGCUUGUUGAUUUGUCACUUGAAAGCUGCAGACUUCACUGAUUGGACCAAUGUCCUGCUGCGAUGAAUACCACCUUGGUUUUUGUAGGAAACGUGAGAGGGGGCGCUAGAGUACCACUUGGUGACUCACACCGGCUUGGGGAGGUUCACUCUUUUUUUUGCAGGCAGUUAAUUUAAGAACAUAUGCAUUGUGUUGCACUGCAGACAAGAGUACCUGCAUAUAUUGCAAGAGGACCGUCCAAUUUAACCAGAGGAGAUUCACAAGACACUGGAGUGGACUGACUCUACACACCAACAUAUUGUCGGCCCAUCAUGGAACUCUUUAUAUGUUUUGCGAAACAAAUUUAUCUUGUUUGGUUUACCAGCCUUGUCUUGCUUGGGAGAUCUGGUGAUGCAGCGAAUAUACUCAUGAAUGCAAUAUUAGGCAAAGGAAGCCAUUAUUACAUUACUGAAGCUAUCGGAGAACAGCUUGUCAACCGGGGACAUAACGUGACACAUCUUGUUAGUAAUGCUUUCUACAAGCAAGCAUCAAGCAGGCAAAAUUCAGAGCUCUUCAACUAUGAAGUAUACGACACUGCGAUACCACCUGAAGUUAUUUAUCAGCUGUAUGCUAAUAUGAGUAGAGUGGCCUUCCUUUCUCCACUGAACAGUCAACAUAUUGAAGUAGAAAGCAAACCUCACUGGCAUCGCUAUCAGGACUGCCAAGCUGUUCUCGACAAUCAUGACCUCCUGGAGAGAAUUAGGCGAGCAAAUUAUUCUUUGAUUAUAUAUGAUAUGUUAUGGCCUUGUUUACCAAUUAUUUCUAAAAUGCUUGAUAUUCCUCUUGUAGGAAUCAUUUCAUUUCCCAACCCAUGUAUGGAAACAGAGAUUGCAGGAUCAAAUUUUAAUCCGUCCUACGUACCUUGUACUGGCAUUGGAUUUACAAACAAAAUGACCUUUGUUCAGCGAUUUGUGAACACAUUCCUUUACGCAUUUGUACCAUGGCUGACAACAGACAAAUAUGUCUGGUACAAUCAGCUGUUACAUGAGCAUUAUUCCAACGAUUCUGUUCAGCUUUUAGACAUUGUUCGUGAAACACAACUCUUUCUUGCCAAUAGUGAUUUUGUAGCUGAUUACCCCUGUGCCUUGGGACCUAAUGUGGUUCUUGUUGGGGGGCUAACAUCCAAGCCUCCUCAGAAACUGCCUCCUUCCUUGGAGAAUUUCGUGUCGAGUUCUGGAGAUCAUGGAGUCAUAGUGUGCACCUUUGGAUCCUUCCUGUCCUCACACGACCUCUUUGAAGCAAACAGCAAGCUUAGUGUCUUCAUCUCAGCUUUUGCAAGACUACCCCAAAAAGUCAUCAUGCAGUUGAGUCACGAGCCAUCAUUUCCAUUGCCAGGCAAUGUCAAAGUCCUACCCUGGCUUCCACAGAAUGAUCUGCUCGGCCACCCAAAGACCAAGGCAUUUGUGUUUCCUGGAGGGAAUAAUGGAUUCUACGAAGCCAUCUACCACGGUGUGCCCACAGUAGUCAUCCCUCUGCGUGGUGAUCAGUUUGAUGUUGCAGCUCGUGUGACUUCAACAGGGAUUGGCGUGGUGGUGGAUAAGCUGACGGUGACAGAAGAUAGUCUACAACACGCCAUUCACCAAGUCACCAGCACAAACAAGUUUGCCAAUAAAGCUAAGAAGCUCUCGACUAUCUUCCGGGAUCGGCCGAUGCCACCUGCACAGCGAGCUGCGUUCUGGAUAGACCACGUUAUCAAGCAUGGAGGAGAGUAUCUUCAAUCCUCUGUUCAUGACCUGAGCCGUAUGCAGCAUAUCCUACUGGAUGUCUUGACGGUCAUGUUCAUAUUGUUUCUUGUACUGUGUGUUCUAGCCUACAAAUGCAGCUCAAAGGUGCUGUGGUUCCUCUAUGGGUGUGUAACACAUAAACAUUUAAAAAAUAGUUAAGACCUGAAAUAUAUCUUCUCAUAUUAUUUACUAUUAUUUUCUUACAUAUAUAUAUAUAUGGAAUUGAAAAUGCAAUCUUUCAAGAAUGGUUAUGACUACUUCUGUAGAAUCUGUACGAGGUACGAGCCAUCAGGUAUCAGUCAACUGGUUCAAGUGAAAAGUCCUGAAAUAAGGAAUUAUGCAAAUGGUAUUUUAAGGUAAUACAAUAGCUUACCAUUGCAAAAAAGUCAUAAAUAGUAUUAUUACUGUGAUUACAGUCCGACCUCUCUUAUUCGGACACAUAGGGACCAGCACCAGUCUGGAUAAGGGAUUUAUUCGGAUCUGGGAGACCUGAUAUCAAAUACACGCUGUCAGUGCAAAUUAUAGGCGGUUUCUUUAAGGAAAUGAAAUCGAUUGGUUGCCAAGACUCUAGGAUAAUUUACCUGCUGAAAUGAUUGAGGAAUACAUCAAGCAUACCUCAAAAGAAAGAAAAUGACUAUAGUCACACCCACCCCUGCACAUCCAUUGGUUCAUUUGAUUCUUCUGCUCCCCCCCCCCCUGAAGAAUUCUGGCUCUGCUAAUCAGCUAAUCAUUAGUAAAGAUAUUGUUUGACCCAAAAUGCAGAAACUACUUUUUUUGAAAGACAGAGUCUCUGGUUGCCAUGGAAACAUGUGACUUGUGAGUCCCAUUGCGAGAUGUAUAGCUGGGAUAUUAACAAAUUACUUGUUUCCUUGUAUAUACAUGGACCAGAACCAGACACUGAAAUACCUUUAUUUGUUCUUUCUUUUUACUUUAAUUCUACUUCAAUUUUAAUGCCAUUUAUUUCAAUACAAUAUGAGUAUCUAAUGUAAUGAAGAUGCAGUAUUGUUGUUUGAAUAUAGAUAUUCAUAUUUAUUUAUUUCUGGGUUGACUAACUUUGAAUAUACUGUGAGGAUGGGGGAAAUAUAACACUACAGGCAUUCACCUACCUCUCUUCAUUUCAUCAGUGAGCUUCUAAAUAAAUAGCUGCAAUUAUUCCAAGAAAAUGAUGUUCUAACUCACUUGGGGGGAAAACAUGAGUAAUAUUUAUCAUGUUUCAUAUUUAGAGCAUACCUGAAGAACUACCAUUUCGGUGAUGUCAAAAAUCACUCAAAGAUCAAUCCAAAAUGAAUAGAGAGGGAGAAUAAAAAACUUCUGCUCCCCUGAGCAUAAUAAAGUGAAAUGCAUGUACAACCACUGCAAUGCAAUUUAUGAUGAUAAAACCAGCAAAUUGUAUGCAUUAUACACCACAGUCAUAAUUUUAAGUCACAUUUAACUUUUUACAUUAAAUUCACUCAAAAAAUCACUCCUAAAAGUUCACAAAUCCCUUGUUAGAGUUAUACUAGUCAAGAAUACACCCAACAAACAAGAUCAGCUGAUAUUCUACAAUAUUUAAUUAUUUCUCAGCAGAACAUUUUAGCUAACCAAUUUCUAUCUUAAUAAGUGUACACAAAAUGCAACAUUUUUUAUCAAACAAAAUGUAUUAAAUUAAUUAAACUAAUUAAAAUAAUCUUUUCUGUCGUUACACACUGUUCACAGGAUAAAAAUACACCUUUUCUCAUUGAAAGAACAGCAUUUUUAAAUCGAAGUCUUUCAGACAAAAACAGAUAGUUUGAUACAAAUUUGUCUUAUAUGUAAUUGUAAUAUAUAUCAAGAAAAUGUCUAUGCAAUAAUUUUGUUAUUUAAGGAAACGUUUUACCGGUAUUUAAAAUUUGCCUAAAGACAGAUUGAAGAAUAUUAUGUGCAAUGUACAUUUACGAUGAUUGUGUUUUUAAAAAUAACUUCAUGACAAUGUGCAGUUUUUCAUUGAGUUGAAAUUCAUGCAUCCAUCGGCGUCAACACAGAGGAUUAUCGUUUGUAUUUGGAAGGGGGGUGGGGACGCAACAAUAGAUGUCCCUGCACAUCAGCUGCCAAAAUCUAAUUGCAACUGCAUGUCUAUAGCCCAGUUUCUGUGGUUGGUGCAGUAUAGACAAGACGAGACAAAAAAAAAUAAGACAUAAGAAAAUCCUCUGCGCUGACACCCAAGCAUGCAUGCAUCACCAUUUUUUAUGAUAGUGAAAAACUUAAAAUAUAUAUGUACAGUGUAUGUCAAAUACUUAUAUAAGAGUGCCGAACUUUUAUUAAGGAUCAAGUAAACGGAAAAAAGACAGAAACAACUAGCAAAUUUGUUUAAUA